GAGACCUUCCAUCGUAAACCUCUCAAACAAGUACCUUCAAAAUGUCAGCCAACACUACACCGUUAAAUUCUAUACAUUUCUGCAACUUGUGCAACAAACCCAUCGCCACAGAAUCAGCUUAUAAGCGGCACAUCGCCUAUUGCCGCAGGGCUCAAAAUCGCCCUAGGAAACGACCUCGCUCUUGUAAAGAAUGUCAUUCUGCAAAGGCGAAGUGUAGUUUCGAGACCGAGUGUUCGCGCUGCAAGGCCAAAGGUCUGCGUUGUGUCUACGAGGCCUCUUUUACUCCUUCGCGUAGCACUGGCGCUGGUGUUGGCGCUGGCGCUGGUGCUGGCACUACAAACGGCACCAGCAAUACCGUAUCUGAAUCGACAGACAACUAUGAUAAUGCAGAAUGCAAUUCGCUCACAUAUCGCUUCGGCGCUUCGACGAGCCUCGAGCUACCUAAUACGUCGCCUCGGUCCUUGAUCGAGCUUCGUACCGACCCAGUUGCCUGGCAUAGCGCCAAAUUCAUCUUGGAAACCAUGCGAGGGCUGCCCCUCAUGAUGGUUGAUAAAGAGAGUUUCUCGUGGUAUAGUCACGGCUAUUGGUUUCAAUCCGAGCUUCCUCGCGACAUCGCCAAAUGCUCAGCGCUAGUGAACUUGUAUAACAGACACCAGGAACCUAUAAAACAAUCCGUAUGGUCGUUGAUAAAUGAAGAAAAUCGGCAACUUCUCCGCAUCCUACCAACGUGCUCGUUUAACGAUCUCAUCUCGUCGAUGCACGCGCAGAUUAUAUACAUGAUCAUGUUCGCCCUAGAUAACAAUAGCACACCAGAAGUUCCCGAGAUCCGUUUACAGAUGCUCAUGACCUUUGACGUAGGUUAUAGCUCCUAUGUAUGAAGUAUAUACUAACUCAAACAGCUUUAUGGGAAAAGGAGCAAAGAAAUCGAUUCGAUGAUAUGGUUCCCCGCCAGCGACUUCGACAAUCCUAACGUGGCUUGGGAAGAGUGGGUUUACACCGAGUCGCGGCGAAGGUAUGUUUAGCUAACCUCCUCGGAUGGGAUCCGAUAUCUUCUAACUAUUAUUUAGAUGUGCCGUCACUUGGUUCCUCCUGAGUCGCGUGAUAGACCUCAAGUUUGGGGUUAUGUGCCCCAGCAUCAGCAAUUACCGCGCGCUCCCUCUUCCCUCUCCGGACUCGCUCUGGAGUGCCAGGACACGAGCUCAGUGGGAAAAUGCCCGCACAAUUCAUAUUGAGCGGAAUAAGUCGUCGCUACGGACCUUUGGGGACCUAAUAGAUGCUCGAUUAAGUCCCCACAACUCAGACCGCGGGCAGGAGCUGAACAGAUGGUAUGCAAACUGCGAUAAGCUGGGGCUUCUCUUAACGUUAGCCACUGCCAUGGUGUAAAUGGGUUCAAUGAUUAUGAAAUAACGAUUAUUACAA